ACACGUCAGUGAGUUCUACGGAGAGGAGAGUUGGACGGCAGUGAGUUCUAUAGAAAGGAGAGUUGGAUACGUAGAGUUAGAUUUAACUAGUCUUUGCUAAAUAUGGAGAAAAUUUUGACUAAAUGUAUAACUAAUUAGAAAUAUAGAGAGUUACUGGUCUUUUAAAAAUGCUCUCACAUAGGACGGCCCGGCCUGAGCCGCACGCUGCUCAAAGGGACACCUGGCUCUGACGCCGCUGACCGCCCCACUCACCUGCCGGCUGCCGCUUGUCUUGUGUCACCCGUGCUCCACUUCGGAACCCCCCAAGUUCCAAUGCCCACCUGAGCACAGCUUCGCUGCGCUUGCUCUUCGCCUUCGAUACGCGAGUUCCGAUUAAAGAUCAGUGCGUUUCGAUCUGCCAAUGCCGCCGCACUCGCUUGCUUGUCUCGAUCUCACCGGCUGAUUUCUCCCGUGCUGCGCUGCCGGUUCCGGCGAUUGGUCCCUCUGGAGCCUGCGCGCGGCGGCGGCGGCCAUGCGGCGGGGUGGAGGCGGCGCCCCCAGCCGGCGGGGCUCUGGCGGUUCCACCUGUUGCUCCGGCGAAAUCGAUUGGAUUGCAGACGAGCGUGGUGAACUCCAAAGGCCUUAUAAGCAUCUCAAGGACGAAGAACAUAAAGGGACAGCUGAUUGCCUGCUCCACAAGAAAGGUAAUUCACUCAAGAGGAGCCGCAGAUGGUCUCAAGAGGAAAAUGGUAAUCUAAUUCAAAUGGUAAACCUUCACAGCUCAAAAAGUUGGUCAACUGUUGCACGCGGUAUACCUGGUCGAAGUCCAAACCAAUGUCGAGACAGAUGGAUGUUUUAUCUCGACCCUUCUGUGAACAACCAGCCAUGGUCAGAACAUGAGGACAUCAAACUAAUCCAAGCUCAUAAAAUUCAUGGAAGCAAAUGGAGUAAACUGGCUAAACUUUUUCCUGGGAGAACAGGGAAAGCAGUUAAGAAUCACUGGCCUAGUCUUAUGAGGAAACAAAUGAAGUCAGAUUUAAUUAGUGGAUUGCCUGAGCAAUUUCUAUAUAUGCCUAAGGAUCAAUCAGUUACAAAGAAUAAAGGCUGCAGUACCAUUCAGAGUGAUCAAGAUUCAUCCACAAAUAUUCAUGUUUCAUCAGAUUCGGCUGUAAGACCCAAAUCAGAACAAGGACUUGCAGACGAGCGUGGUGAACUCCAAAGGCCUUCUAAACAUCUCAAGGACGAAGAAUAUAAAAGGACAGCUGAUUGCUUGCCCCACAAGAAAGGUAAUUCACUCAAGAGGAGCCACAGAUGGUCUCAAGAGGAAAAUGAUAAUCUAAUUCAAAUGGUAAACCUUCACAGCUCAAAAAGUUGGUCAACUGUUGCACGCGGUAUACCUGGUCGAAGUCCAAUCCAAUGUCGAGAUAGAUGGAUGUUUUAUCUUGACCCUGCUGUGAACAACCAGCCAUGGUCAGAACAUGAGGACAUCAAACUAAUCCAAGCUCAUGAAAUUCAUGGAAGCAAAUGGUGUAAACUGGCUAAACUUUUUCCUGGGAGAACAGGGAAAGCAGUUAAGAAUCACUGGCCUAGUCUUCUGAGGAAACAAAUGAAGUCAGAUUUAGUUAGUGGAUUGCCUGAGCAAUUUCCAUAUAUCCCUAAGGAUCCAUCAGUUACAAAGAGUAAAGGCUCCAGUACCUUUCAGAGUGAUCAAGAUUCAUCCAUAAAUAUUCAUGUUUCAUCAGAUUCGGCAGUAAGACCCAAACCAGAACAAGGAAUUGCAGAAAAUGGUAGAAACGAGAGUACUUUGAAAGGGACAAGUUAUGAUUCUGUGCAUGGUAACGGGUCUGUUUCUCAUUCAGUCAAUGUCUCUGAAAAGGUGGACGGGCAAAUAUUUAGAUCUAAUUCUUUAAGUUGUAUGGAUCAGAAGGCCUCUUCUGCCACAGGGAGUUUUCCUGGGUCCCUGCCAAAAGAGGAAUCAACAAAUUUUCUGGAAGUUACACCUAACAGAGGGUUGUGUACAACGUAUGAUCACCUGUCUAAUGAUUGUUUUGAUGGCAUUUGCAGUAGUGCUGAUCGAGAGUCACAGGAGCUACAUCUGUCAAGUAUAGCGUAUCUUCUUGACAUGCCAUAUUGCAAGAGCUUGAUGAUUGUUCCACCUGAUUCUCCGGAUCACGGAAAUUACGCAGAUGGAAUGUGAUAUAUUACUUCAAAGUUAUCCAGUGACUGCACCUGCACACUAGCUGUAGAAUAAGCAAGAGUCUCUGCUGCCUUCAAAUUCUCGUGUAACAUAACAUCCUCUUCAACCAACAAGUUAUUUGUCCUUGUACCUGCAAAUCCUUUUCUUCUCUAGUUGCAGAAAGUUGGCCCUUGUGUCAUAAAGAAGCAAGGAUUUAACGGUUGUACCAGUUGCUCUUAGCAAAUUUAGCUGUGCUAAUGCACCAGGCUGCGUGGAGCCGUGCCUCCUCUUUUAUCUUGCA